CUUGUCAUUCAAAUCAAAUCAUCAAAUCUUAUUAAAAGACUCUUUAUUAAGCAUUACAUCAAAGUCUAUGGAGAACGAGGCAUUUGUGGACCAAGAAAUGGAUCAAAAUGGGCCUGAAAGUGAUGUCAAACCAAAGAAAUCAAAGAAGCAGCGAACCAAGAAAACAUACAGCGUCAAAGUCGAACAAAACGAAGUGGAGUUGAACGCGCUUUCAAAAGCGCUUCCAAACCUUAACACUAGCAAUGACGAUGCAGAAUCUUCGAUUGGAGCUGCYGUUCGCCAAGGAAGACGUUCGGUAAUUUCACGAGAAAUCGAAAAAGCAAAACGAAAUAAAAGCUUAGACAGUCUAGACGAUGUUGGGUUUGCUGCACUCCAUCAUACUACAAGAUACUGUCGUAUUGACGCCAUAGAAGAUUUAUUAAAGAAUGGUGCUAGCAUUAAUAUCCAAUCAAGAGACGAUCAUUUCACGCCUUUGCAUAUUGCUACAAGAUUUGGUUGGCACGAAGCAGUGGAUAUCCUUCUCAAAUACGGUGCUGAUCCAUCGCUACAAUCCAAGACUGGCCAAACGGCAUUGCAUUUAGCAUGCAGAAAAGGCUGYCCAAAAACGGCAAUGCUUCUCUUAAAGCAAAAAGGAAUUGAUAUCGAUGCGAGGGACAGCCUUCUGAGGACACCGUUACAUAYUGCUUCGUCCUAUGGGCACUAUCAUUUAAUUAUCGCGUUGUUGGAUAAYGGCGCUGAUGUAUUUGCAUUGGCUGCAGAUAAGACGUCAUGUCUUUACAUGUACAUGAUGAAUAACARUGGCUCCAAUUAUACCCACAAAGCUAUAAAUUUUAUAAUGGAAAAAGUUUUUCAGACGGCACCAGAAAAGUGCUUUAUAUCCAAUAGGUACGAAAUGAAUGGAUUUACCUUUGCUCACAUUGCUGCUGCUACCAACGUCAUUGAAGUCAUGAAAAAGGCAAUUGAUCGUGGAGUAGAUGUUAAUGUGGCYAAUGUCCUCAAUGGAAUGACACCAAUACAUGCAGCUUGUCGGAAGGGUUUCCUGGAAAUGGCAGAGCUUUUGGUACRGGGUGGUGCUGACAUACACAUCCAAACUUURCAGGGGCAGACACCAUUGCAUUUCGCUGCAGUGGGUGGCCACGAUCAUAUAAUCAGGUUUUUAAUAGACAAGGGAGCACAGGUCGAYGCACGAGAUKCUAAAAACAUGACACCAUUCCUYCUGGYCUCUUCCAAACCGAAGGCAAAACCCAGCACUCUCCAACUUUUCAUCGAGGCAGGAGCGGACGCUAAUGCUAGCGAGGCGUUCAUGAAGAAUUGUUUACAUCUUGCAGUAGAAAGCGAGAAUUACGAUUUGAUUCAGUUUUUCCUGGGAAAUGAUGAUGCAGUGAACAAUCUAUUCUCAUCAGAUGUAAAUGAAAGGGUUCCUCUUCAUUAUGCCGCCAAAAGUGGWAGCCUUAAGGUAUUAAAACUACUUUUGACUAAACAACAAUUCCUUAAUUUGCAAGAUGAAGACCAAAAAACUGCAAUUUACCUCGCGGCGAAGGGCAACAGACUUGAGCACGUAAACGCUUUGGGUCAAGCUGGUGCUUCAUUGAAUAACAGAGAUGACGAAGGGAGGACGGCCUUGCACGCCGCCGCGUCUAGGCAAGAAAACAGGAAGGUUUGUAAAGCUCUUGUGUCUUUUGGUGCUGAUGUGAACUGUAAAGACAACCGCGACAAAACUCCAUUGAUGCUUGCUGCCGAGUCAGGUUGCGCAAAAACCGUUAAAACCAUGUUAAAGCUGAAUGCCAACAUCGAUGAUACAACUGUCGAUGGAGAUUCUGCUCUGUUGUGUGCAGUGCGUACAAAUAAUAGUGAAGUUGUUCAGUUGUUGAUGGAUCGAAAUGUUAAACUCACACAUCGCGAUCUCACUGGUGCGGGGGUGUUUGAGACUGCUGUGAAAUUCGAUGCCAAGGAAGCUGUUAAUGUCAUCUGUCGCCAUGAAAGAUACAAAGAAGUUGUUAACAACACAUGCAGUGCCCAAGGCCAACGUCCAAUGCAAAUCCUCAUCAAGCAUUUUCCUGAAGCGGCAAAUGUUAUCAUGAGCAAAUGCAUAUGUCGAUCCACAAACAUCCUUCCAACACACGAAGACUAUAAAGUCAGUUACGACUUUGAACUUCUCGAUCCAGGUCCUGACGACCCCGACUGUCUCGCAGGCAAUCGGUACUUUGGCCCGGCGACAAUGGUGAAUAACAAACGUCAAGAUCUAUUGCUCCAUCCACUAACACAAAAGUUGUUGGACAUAAAGUGGCAGUCCUUUGGGAGCAAAAUCUAUUACUUGAGCCUGUUUUUGUACUUUUGGUACAUGACAGGCUAUAGCUACUUUGUGGUUGUAGAACGAGGGAGAGAGUUUCCGAGAAACUUUUCCACCGUCAAAAUUUCCGAGAUUUACACUCUUAGUACAACCAACUAUAGGAUUGCUAUAAUGAUCAUCGCCUUUGCGGCCUUUCAGCUUUUCAGAGAAGUUAUUCAAAUCUUCGGGCAGCGACUGCGAUAUUUCAAACAGAGUGGUAAUUAUAUGGAGUGGGUGCUUUACAGCGCCAGCAUUUUCUUUGUGCUACCGUACGUUGGUCCAUCCAUAAUCUAUAAAUCCAUCUAUCGCGAGGUGAACGACGUCUACUACAUGUGGAUAAUCGCUAUAAUAUCAAUAUUCCUUUGUUAUGCCAACUUUGUUUUGUUCCUACGCCGCUUCACGCUGUUCGGGAUAUAUAUAACAAUGUUCAUUGUGGUAUUUCGAAGCCUUAUAAGGGUAAUGGUGGUGUUCCUGGAAUUCCUCAUAGCCUUUGCUGUUGUAUUCUACAUUCUACUCAAAGAACAGGUAUCGGUUACUUAUUUUAAAAGGUUUCACUAGAGCGGAUUUCGUAUGAGUGGG